GUGAGCUGCGACUCCGCGCUCUGCGCCCGGAGUCGGGGCCUCGGAGCUGCACGAGUUGGGGGAGGAGCGAGCUGCCCUCGCCGUUGGAUGGAGGUAUUCCCAGCAGCGCGGCCGGCGGGCGGAGGAAUUCUGAUAUCCAAAGAAAUGAGAAAAACAUUGAGAAAUAGUCAUGGAAACAUGAAGAUAUCAAAGAUUGCUUAUCCAUUGGGACUAUUUGUAUGUCUGUUCAUAUAUGUUGCAUAUGUAAAAUGGCGAUGGGCCUUUGCUACCCAAAGAAUCUUCAGCAUAACAGAGACUGCUGUGGGGACAAGAAAAAAUCAACAGUCCCUUGAGAAAUUGGUGGUAGCUAAUCGUGCCGUGUUCUAUGGAAUUAUGUUUGAUGCUGGAAGCACUGGAACCCGAAUACACAUCUUUCAGUUCACCCAGACUGCGAAAGAAACUCCCACUUUGACCCAUGAAACAUUCAAAGCCCUAAAGCCAGGACUUUCUGCUUAUGCUGAUGAUGUUGAUAAGAGCACUCAGGGAAUACAAGAACUACUGGAUGUUGCUAAAGAAGAAAUUCCUUUUGAUCUGUGGAAGGUCACACCUUUGGUUCUUAAGGCAACAGCUGGUUUGCGUCUGUUACCAGGUGAAAAGGCUCAAAAGUUGCUACAGAAGGUAAGAGAGGUUUUCCAGGCAUCUCCCUUCCUUGUAGGAGAUGACUGUGUUUCCAUAAUGAACGGAACUGAUGAAGGAGUUUCAGCAUGGAUCACAGUGAACUUUUUAACAGGCAAUUUAAACACUCCAGGAAAGAACAGUGUAGGCAUGCUGGAUUUAGGAGGUGGAUCAACCCAAAUCACAUUUCUUCCAAAAAUUGAGGUCACCCUCCAGACAUCCCCAGCUGGCUACAUAACCUCAUUCCAGAUGUUCAAUAGUACCUAUAAGCUGUACUCAUACAGCUACUUGGGACUUGGUUUGAUGUCAGCAAGGCUUGCAAUCUUAGGAGGAGUAGAAGGAAAACCUGACAAGGAGUUGGUUAGCCCCUGCUUUCCUUCCAGUUUUAAUGGAGAAUGGGAGCAUGCUGAAAUAACAUACAAAAUUUCGGGGCACAAAACAGGGGUUCACCUGUAUGAAUUGUGCUCUAAAAGAGUAUCAGAAAUCAUCCGUAACAAGGUGCAUAAAACUGAAGAAGUCAAGAACUUGGAUUUUUAUGCUUUUUCUUACUAUUAUGAUCUUGCAGCAAAUGUUGGUCUCAUAGAUAAGGAAAAAGGAGGCAGUCUCACAGUUGAAGACUUUGAAGUUGCAGCAAAAUAUGUUUGUAAAACCAUGGAAAUUAACCCACAGGAGAAUCCUUUUAUUUGUAUGGACCUUACCUACAUUAGUUUGCUACUUCAAGAAUUUGGGUUUCCAAAAACCAAAGUGCUUAAGCUGGCUCGGAAAAUUGAUGAUAUCGAAACCAGUUGGGCUCUGGGAGCCACUUUUCACUACAUUGAUUCACUCAACAGACAACAGAACAAAGUUUCAUAGUGCCUGAGACCUUCAUAUAAGCCUUAUUUCGAAGAAUAUUGCCAAGCCUUUUUUGAGCAGAGCCCUUGAGCACCUUAAUGAGGGGUCAGUGAUAUUACUCUGGAAGUUUUUCCACAAGAGUUGCUACAGUCUCCAUGAGAACCUGACACCUUUGUGGAAUUUAUGUGACUCCAUCUUCUAUUGAACGGCAUUUGGGAACAGUUUGGUGAACAGCCAAGUAAACAUUUCCCAAUUGUGUUAAUUAAAUCUUAAUUUAUUAUGAUCUGAUUUUUAACAAAGACUUCACUAUUUAUGUUUUGGAGAGUUUCUAUUGGUGCAUUGUGUUGCCUUUGCAAUGCUAACCGUUGGGACACCUACAUUGACGUUAGUGUGUGGACAAUAGACUGCUUUGUUUUAUUCAAUCCAGAAUGCAUUUUUGGUCCAAUUUUGAAGGUGCAUAAUUUGUUCAGUGUCCAUACAACCCAUACCUGAUGGCAAGGCAGACUUCUAUAGUUAUUCUAGAGGAGCUUGAGUGACCUAGGCACUUUUCAUUUACUUAAGGGAUUAUUUCAUCUCUCACUAGUUUUAUGUGGACAGAAGAGUGAUGUGAGUAAGUGUAGGCCAGUUUUCUUCAGUCAAUAGAUGACAGCCCCCUUCACAACUGGCCAGAAAGUUGUGAAAAGGAGAUAUUUUUCAGCAUUUCUAGUACUGUGAAGCUCCUCUCUCAUGGCACGUGGGUUAUUUCCAUCCCAUCCUUCUAUUCCUAUCUGCUUGCUUCUAUAGUGACCUUAACUUCUCCAUCUACUCCUUGGAGAAGAAGUUGGUGAAGAGAUAACAUACAACUUGGUGGGUUUUGUCUUCCCUUUGAGUUGACAAAGUAAAAAUUAAGCCCCAGUAGGAUAGACUAAUCCUAAGGGUAGUCUAUAGAGAACCUUAGAGUUGAAAAUGUUUAUCUCUUUAUGUAUAUUCAAAUUCAGUUUUUCCAGAGACCAGCCCUGCUAAAUGCUUACAAGGUUUGGUUUUGGAUUUAAUUCUUUCUUCACUAGAAGAGUUGUCACUGUGAUUGCACUGUGAUUAUCCUAUCUCCAGGGAAGACACCAUAGAAAAUGGUAGAAUUGCAUCCUCAUCUUAUGUGCCACUGGCUACAAGACUAAAUGAUGAGCAUAAUUAUGAGUAUUAAUGGAUAUAAAUACAUUUACUUUUGUUUUUUGUUUUUUUUCCCCCAAAUUUCUUCACUUGAAGACUCAUUAAGUUUUCAGGCUUUCUGAGUGUCCUUUCCCCCUUCUCUGGGCAUUGUCUUCCCUGUCCGAAUGAAUGUAUUGCUGCAUUGAGCCAGGUUUGCAGCCAAGCAGGGUUGGUAACUAGAACAGUGUCAGUGCUAUAGGGAGAUCAAGGGAAAUGUUUUGAAGCAUCGAACACUGACUUUGUGAAAAUUUUUCUAUUCCAUCUGAAACUGGACUCAAGUUCCCAGAAUUUCCCCACCACUCUUCCUGAAAUUACAGACAGACUGUAGGAUAUUUAUGAACAUGCAGUGGCAUUUUAGGUACUAAUACUAGUACUAAUAUUACUAGUAUUAUGUCCUAGUAUUACUCGUAUUAGGUACUAACUCACCUCAAUGAUCUCCAAACGUCUGACUGUAAACUACCUCCAUGGUGCUGUCUCCAUAUAUAUUGGUUACCUAGAGUUUAUGGUGGAGGAGAUGCUGUUCUUGUUCUGCCAAAACACCGUUUAGGUACUCAUCAGUCAUUUCUUAAAAACCAUCUGUGCCCGUAAAUACUUGAAACAGCUAAAUGUUAUAUGUGUUCCCCAAAAUAAAAAAAAAGUUUACA